AUGGCCACUAUAAACCUGGAAUAUCCAUUUCUCGAGAGGGUGUAUACCCCAUCCGGGGCCCCGCUUAUCGACUUCGUCUUCGUCCAUGGGCUGAACCCUCGCGCGCGCAACGACCAUCCUUUCCAGACUUGGACCCACGAAAAUGGCACGUUUUGGCCUCGAGACUAUCUUCCGCGAGACAUCCCCGACACACGCGUCUUCGUCUAUGGCUACAACUCGACCGUUACCGAUGCCAGGACCAUGUCUACUGCUAGUAUCAAAGACCAUGCGGAUACUUUGCUGAAUCUGGUGGACCUGGAGCGAAAAGAGCAGAGGGCUGCGAGGGCCCCGAAAAUUAUCUGGGUCUGUCACAGUUUGGGAGGUUUGGUCGUCAAGCAAGCACUGCUCAACGCCCACGAAAACCGGAAGUAUACGCACAUCCGCACCGACACUUGUGGCAUUGUCUUCUUUGGCACUCCACACAGAGGCGCCAAGGGCGUUGAACUGGGAAGAAUCGCCGCCAACGUCGCAAAAUUCAUCUCCAAAGGCCAUGCCAAAAAUGACUUGCUCAGGUGCCUUGAAGAGAAUUCACUUUUCACCAGAGAUAUGUCUCGCCAUUUCAAGCAACAACUCGAGGACUAUCAGAUCGUUAGCUUUGUUGAGGGCAAAGAAGUGUUCUUAGGGGGCAGUGGUCCGGCGUCAGUGAGCCAUCUUGUGGUUGAUGAAGAGUCAGCCAUCCUCGGCCUUCCCGGACAGCGCGAGACGACUCUCAAGCUAGAUGCAGAUCACUCGCAGAUGUGCAAAGUCAGCGGCCGGGGAGCGAUGUACAGGCUGAUUCAAGGAAAUAUCAGAGACAUUGCAGAUCAGGUCCUCCUUGCUGAACGGGGAUUCGUCCCUCAGCCUUCCACCUCCCCGAGCUCGGGCCCUCCUCUUCCACCGAGAAUGCAUCUUAAUAGCAGUUUGCCGUACUCAGGGCCCCCUCGUACACCGAACCCGGCCGAGGCACAGAUUAUCGGGACGCUCUUCAAGCCCGCCGACAGAGAUCCACGAUCGGUUCAGGUAGCGAAGCAUAUGAAUGAGUGGAAAUGGGAUGACGCAAGGCGAGUGCAAUAUUCGAUAUUCCAAGAGCAUCACCGCUCUCUUGGACAGGACCACUACAGCACUCUGCUAGCAGGCUACUAUCUGGCGGACAUAGAGCUAAACGCUGGGUGUCUUGUCAAGGGAAAAGAAUGGGCCGAUUGGGUGUGCCACAAUUCCCAGCGAGUGCUCGGCAGGCGACACGAGCUUGCAAUGAAGUCAGAGGGUAUAGCAGGCGAGUUCUUGUCUCGUCUAGGGAAAGCACAAGAAGGCGAGUCUAUCUGCUCGAACGUGCUAGCACGUCAACAAAUGCAAGUUGGCGACGACCACCUCGAUACUCUAGAGACUCGACGGCGCGUAGCAGUGGCCCACGCACAACUUGGUCAGCGUACAGAAGCUAUUCAGGCGAUGACCAAGUACAGCGAGAGCGUUGGACGUGUUCUCGGGGAGAACCAUAUUCUAUAUCUUGCAAGCAUACUUGACGCCGCGGAACAAGUCCUCUCCGACCGUUUAGCGAACAGUGAAAAUUCCAUGCUAAAGCGCUUCACGGGCUCCGACCCCCAAGCAGAAGCAAUCGAAGAUAUCGUAAAAGAGACAAGCACUCGCCUGGGUAGACAUCACCCGCUUACCAUCCGCAGCAUGUGGAUCGGCGGAGCAAUGCAGUCCCUCGAUCCAGAUACCGGCUCCAGCGGCUCGGAGACGCUCCGGCGCGCCCUUGCUACCGCAGAAGAAUACCUUGGUCCCGACCACUCCGAAACACUGAGCAUUGUCGGCACCAUGGGCAUCAUGUUCGCGUUGCGCGGAUCAUUCACUGCACAAGGAUACAACCCCUACAUGAAGGACCAGGGCGCAAAUCUUCGGACCGCCCUUCCCUGGCUUCAACGCUACCUGAGCUGGGCGGAGCAGAACCACGGCAUCGGAUCGCCCGAUGUUCUCACGAUCCUUAGCCUCAUAGCCAAGAUGUACCUGGAGUCGCAGCAGUAUCAACAAGCGAUGCCCUACUUUGAGCGGCUGCUGGCGUCGUACCGCGCUGCUGGUAUGACUGUGCCGGAUGACGUGCAGACCUCGAUUCAGCUUUGCCGGAUGACCAACCCAAGGCUCCUGAUGCCGGGACUUGGGGGAGGUAGUGGCAGUGGGACAUCGGACUUUUCAAAGAUUUUGUCUGCUUUUCGGCGGCUGUAA